GUUUGCAGCUGGUGCAGAGGACGAGCCAUGAACCGUGCCGUGUAAAAUAGCUGAUUACUGAAUGUGAAGGCAUUUUGGCCAUUCGCACACGCAGAUAACUACAAACAUUUGGGCACCUUGAUAUUUUAAUAUUUUAAUUUCGUUAUUCUGCCGCAGAAUGAGUUAGUCAUAGGUAAAAUUUUCUUACAUUCCGGACAUUGAUCCCGUUAACUAACCAACUAACUAACUAAUUGGACUUGACAAAGACUAAAUUAAAAAAAAAAAAAAAAAAUUAAAAAAAAAGCACAAACAAAAAAGAAAACAGUAUUUCGGAAACAUUUCGAACGUAAACCAUGUUUUGAAUAUUUAUUUGACUGAAGGUUAGCUGAUUAGCCGAGCGAUUCCGUAACUGGCCGAGAAUUGCCGAAUCAUCUGUCCUGCCCGGACUGCUGGAAGCGGCCGCAACGCCAUGUUGGCGAAGUCUCUCAUCUCGGUGAGAAAAAAAUGAUACAAAACAUACUUGUCGAGAAGAAAAGGUAGAUCGCCGAGGGAGGCUGAAGACCGCGGCGAUUAUUUCUUUUGAAAGAUACGAACCGAGCCGGAUCCGCAGAGGUUCCGGACGGGUGAGGGAGGCUAAACCUCCCACCGUCCCCAUGAAUAGCACCGCUGAUCCGAACAGCGACUUUCCAUGAAAAAAAAGACGUUUGUGUUGCUAUUCGAGCUUCGUUAUCCCAGUUCGUUAAAGGGAUUUGGGGCCUGCUUCAAGAAUCUGCUACACUUGCUCUAUGUAUGCAAGCUAGGCGUUGUUUGUAUCAGUAUUUAUUAGGGUAUUGUUUUUAUUUGUUGAUUUUUUUGCGAUGAGUUUGCCACCGAAAGUGGUCCCUAAACAAGCCGCUGUCGCAGUUAGCGGACCUGGAAGUGUCCCCUCUCCGUCGAGCCAACUGCGGGCUAACCAGACCUCCGUGUCUCUGCCGCCGGGAGCCCCAACAGCUCCUCAGCCUGGCGCUGUACCGCCACCUCAAAUCCAACGGGUUCAGCCAUCGCUGGACGACCGAAUCUUCCCCACACAGCCUGGAGUCGCUGCAGUCUACAGCGUACCCAGGCAUGCUGGCACUCCUUACACUGCUCAUGACAUCACAAAGGGACACCCUAACUUGGCGGGCACCCCGCCCGGUCAUGCCCACUCCGCGGCGCUCUCUCAGGUAUCAGUACCCACAGCUUCCCCAUAUCGCUACCCUAAGGGCUGGGAGGCAGGCGGAGGGUCUCCAUACAACCCUGGACAAAAUGCUGGCUCUGCCUCUCUAGUGUAUUCUCCCCAGACACAGCCAAUAAAUGCACAGCCACAGAGUCGCCCGUUUGCUACGGGCCCUCGACCAACCCACCAUCAGUUUUUCCAGAGGACUCAGAUGCAGACUGCGAGGCCCACCAUCCCGACAAACACACCCUCCAUAAGGCCCGGCUCACAGGCACCCACCGCGGCUGUCUACCCCGCUAAUCAACCAAUCAUGAUGACCAUGGCACCCAUGCCUUUCCCUUCCCCACAGGCUGCACAGUAUUACAUCCCGCAGUAUCGCCACAGCACGCCCUACGUGGGACCUCCUCAGCAGUAUUCUGUACAGCCCCCAGGGUCUGGCACCUUCUAUCCUGGUCCAGGGCCGGGGGAGUACCCUUCCCCAUAUCAUCCCCUCAGGUACCACCCACCUGUCUCACCCUCUGUCCCUGCUCCCGUUCCCACAGCUGGCCCGCCCUACUACCCAGGACAGACUGUGUACCCCCCCUCACCCCCCAUCAUAGUGCCUACACCACAGCAACCUCCACCAGCCAAGCGUGAGAAGAAAACAUCCUCCCAGAUCCGUAUCCGUGACCCCAAUCAGGGUGGCAGGGAUAUCACAGAGGAGAUCAUGGCAGGGGGCUCAGGGAGCAGGAAUUCAACGCCUCCUGUCGGUCCCCCCUCCUCUACCCCCACCCCACCACAGCAGCAGCAGCUGAGCAGCAGCCAGACACCAGAGCAGCAGUCGCAGCCUCAUCCUCCUCAGCCACAGCAGGCCCACCCUGGAGGCUACACGUUGGAGCCCCAACAGCAGCAACAGCAGCCAUUGACAACAGGGACUUCAGACACCAAACCAGGGCCAGAUGAUACUCCGAAACUGGAGCCAGUUGUCCAGAAGUCUUCCUCGCCUGGACUUGUGCAGCCUGAAGCACCCGUGGAGAGAACGGAGGCCAACACACCUGUAACUGAGCCCACUUCUGCUAUUGAACAAGAGUCCCCCUUCCCCGCCUUGCUGACAACCCCUGUCACUGUCCCACUUACAGCGGCCAACACCAGUGAACGUCCCUCAGCCAGGGAAUCCACUGCUUCAGCCUCUUCUCACUCGUCCACAGUCGGGGAGCAGAAACCCUCUUUGGCGCCACCUCAGGCUCCCAACACAGACAAGCCUAUUUCAGACGCUCCAAGAACUCUGGCUGCCUCGCCUGCACCGGCCCCCAAAGCUUUGAACGGCCUUGCAGAGUCUGGGACUGAGCUAGACACUGCGACUCAUGAGCCUUCUCUUAUGCCCCCUGCUGCACUCGAGCCCCAGGCCUCUGCUCCUGCUUACAGAGAGGCCGCCUCCUCUGAAAGUUUGCCUUCUGACGUGAGGCCAGAUGUCCCCAUUGCUGCUGCGCUUGCCCCCAUGGCACCUGUGGCUGUGGUGCCAGUCACCCUGACCUCAAGCCCCGCCCCAGCUUUGCCAGUUAUGCUCCCCCCUGGCCUUCCGCCUCUAGUGCAGGCCACAACAGAGGCCGACGAGCCGAGCAAAUCCUCAGACACUAAAGACCUUGUCCCCAGGGUAGGGACAGAGGCGCAUGGUGGCAUUACUGAGAGCAAAACAGAGUCCCAGCAUCAAGCACUCAUCAGGAAGAGUCCCACUACAGUAAAUCAGACGGCUUCUGCUAUACCAAAGACCUGGAGGAAACCAAAUGAAGCGAUCUCUGCCGGAGAAGCACCUCAAAAGGAGGAUGAGGACGAGCCGAGGCCAGUGGAUCAACCUGCUGGAGACCAGGCCCUGCAGUCAGCUCCACUGAGCAGCAGCCCCGUGCCCCUACCAUCAGUCUUCACUUCCACCCCUGCCCCAGCUCCCGCCAGCAGCCCAGAGGCUGACAGAGCGCCCGCCGCCCCAGAGGAGAAUGGUGAGGCUGAGAUGGAGCCCAUGAGGAACGGGGCAGGCCACACCUCAGAGACGGAGAGCAGCGACAGCGGAGCCACCCCGGGAGACAAGGAAAACUCCACAGGGGCUCCACAGGACAUGGAAGACCUGGCCGAGCCCAGUGGGAAGCGUCAGUAUGACAGGGACUUCCUGUUGGGCUUUCAGUUCAUGCCUGCCUGCAUACAGAAGCCCGAGGGCCUCCCACCCAUCAGUGAUGUGGUGCUGGACAAGAUGAACCAAAACAAGCUGCCAUCUCGAGUGGUGGAUUCCAGGGUGAUUUCCAGAGGACCCGAUUUCACACCUGCGUUUGCAGAUUUUGGCAGACAGAUGACCGGAGGACGAGGCGCUGCACUUAUGAACAUCGGGGCACGGCGGCCUCCACCCAGGAAGAUCAUCAUGAAUGUGUCGGUGAACGAUGAUGUUCAGCUGAAAAAAUCAGAGAACGCCUGGAAGCCCGGAAUGAAGAGGGAGGGCUUCGUGGAGGAUUCAGAGGCACAGAAAACACAGGAGCUCUUCAGGAAGGUCCGCAGCAUCCUGAACAAGCUGACGCCUCAGAAGUUCAACCAGCUGAUGAAGCAGGUGACAGACCUGACCAUCGACACGGAGGAGAGGCUCAAAGGAGUCAUCGACCUGGUCUUUGAGAAGGCCAUCGACGAGCCCAGCUUCUCGGUGGCCUACGGAAACAUGUGCCGCUGCCUCGCCACGCUCAAAGUGCCCAUGACAGACAAACCCAACACCACAGUGAACUUUCGCAAGCUGCUGCUAAACCGCUGUCAGAAGGAGUUUGAGAAAGACAAGGUGGACGAUGUGGUGUUCGAGAGGAAGCAGAAGGAGCUGGACUCUGCUGCAUCGGCGACGGAGCGGGAGCGUCUUCAGGAAGAGCUGGAGGAAGCCAAGGACAAGGCCCGGCGGCGUUCCAUCGGCAACAUCAAGUUCAUCGGCGAACUCUUCAAGCUCAAGAUGUUAACGGAGGCCAUCAUGCAUGACUGUGUGGUCAAGCUGCUGAAGAACCACGACGAGGAGUCCUUGGAGUGCCUGUGCAGACUGCUCACCACCAUCGGCAAGGACCUAGAUUUUGAGAAAGCCAAGCCUCGAAUGGAUCAGUAUUUCAAUCAGAUGGAAAAAAUCGUCAAAGAGAGGAAGACCUCAUCCCGGAUACGGUUUAUGUUACAGGAUGUUAUAGACCUUAGAUUGCACAACUGGGUUUCCAGAAGAGCGGACCAGGGCCCGAAGACCAUCGAGCAGAUCCACAAGGAAGCUAAGAUUGAAGAGCAGGAAGAGCAGAGAAAAGUGCACCAGCAGCUGCUGUCCAAGGACAGCAAGAGACGGCCAGAUCCGAGAGAUCAGAGAGAUCAGCGCGUACAGAGAGAUGAGACCUGGAACACUGUGCCCAUGACAAAGAACAGCAGGACCAUCGACCCCAACAAGAUCCCAAAGAUCUCCAAGCCUCAAAUGGAUGAGAAGAUCCAGUUGGGCCCACGGGCUCAAGUCACGUGGGUGAAGGGCAGCAGUGGAGGAGCCAAGGCCAGCGACUCAGAACUAUCACGGACAGCUGGCCUCAACCGUUACUCCGCGCUGCAGUCCACGCCCUCACCUCAACCCUCCAGCACACCUCCACAGAACCCAGACUUUGACUCCAGGAGAACUCUGGGAAGUCGUAGCAGCACAGGCCGAGAGCGCAGUGAGAAGCCACUGAUCUCUGCCCCGCCAUCAUCGCGGCCCGGGACGUUCACCAGGGGAAGCAGUGCGAAGGAGCUGCUGGACAGUCAAACCCCAGAGGAGCCGCGGAGAGACCGGGAGCGAGAGGGAGCCGAGCCCCGGAGACCGAGCGUCACCGAGGACAAAACGGAGCCGGAGCGCAGCAGAGUCAGAGAGCCUGUGAAACCUGAGCCUGUGGUCCAGACCCUGGAUAGACCUGCCCUAUCUGAGGAGGGGAUAGAGAGGAAGUCCAAGUCCAUCAUCGACGAGUUCCUGCAUAUAAACGAUUACAAGGAGGCUGUCCAGUGUGUGGACGAGCUCGAUUUGGGCUCUCAGCAGCACAUCUUCGUGCGCGUGGGGGUGGAGUCGACGCUUGAGCGAAGUCAGAUCACACGGGACCACAUGGGCCAGCUCCUCUUCCAGCUAGUGCAGCAGGGAAUCCUGCCCAAACCCCAGUUCUACAAAGGGUUUGCAGACACGCUGGAGCAGGCGGACGACAUGGCCAUCGACAUUCCCCAUAUCUGGCUGUACCUGGCCGAGCUGCUCAGCCCUGUGCUGAAGGAAGGGGGCUUCUCUAUGAGAGAGCUCUUUAGUGAAUUAAGCAAACCUUUGCUUCCUGUGGGAAGAGCUGGGAUCUUAAUUUCUGAAAUACUGCACAUACUAUGCAAACAAAUGAGCCAUAGGACUGUGGGUUCUUUGUGGAGGGAAUCUGGCCUCAACUGGACUGACUUUCUACCAGAGGGAGAGGACGUCCAGGCUUUCAUCUCACAGCAGAAACUCCAGUUCGUUCAGUCGGACGGCUCCAGCCCCGAGGCGGCUCUGUCUAGGAGGAUCUUGUCUCCUGAAGAGCUUAGACGACAGCUGGAGAGACUCCUCCUGGAGGACAUGGCCAGUGACGAGCAGAUCUUUGACUGGGUAGAGGCAAACCUAGAUGAAUCUCAGAUGAGCUCGUCCCCCUUCCUGAGGGCUUUGAUGACAGCUGUGUGUAAGGCAGCAGUGAAAGAUGAUAACACCAACUGUCGAGUGGACACGGCCAUCAUCCAGAGGAGAUUGCCUGUAUUACUCAAGUACCUUAACUCAGACACUGAGCGACAGCUGCAAGCACUUUAUGCACUUCAGGCGCUGAUCGUCGCCCUCGAUCAGCCUCCAAACCUUCUCCGGAUGUUCUUUGACUGUCUGUACGAUGAGGACGUCAUCUCCGAGGACGCUUUCUACAAGUGGGAGACGAGCAAAGACCCCGCCGAGCAGCAGGGUAAGGGUGUGGCCCUCAAGUCUGUCACGGCCUUCUUCACUUGGCUGCGGGAGGCGGAGGAGGAGUCGGAAGAUAAUUGACGAGGGAGGCACCCGGGGACAUGACGUAGUAGAGCUGCAUCCUUACAGCAGACCAAACAUUCAAAAUGGGUGUGUGGGCAGGACGACAUGUUUACGGCUGGAAUUUUUUUCUGCGGUACAGUUCUGAAACAUGCCGCCAUUUUGAGUUUGGAUUCCAACGGCGGAAGCACUAAAUACCUGUAUUAUACAUAGAAAAUAUUUUUGUUUUAAAUUUUAACUUACUUUUCUUUUGUUACUUUUUAAGAAGAGACUUAAAAAAUACAUAGGUUCUGGACUCUUUAAUUUAUUAUUUUUUUAAGGACUGCAAAUAUGAAAGUUAUUUAACAUUUGCAGAUGCUCACAAAAACAGAACAGAAAUAACAAUAUAAUUAAUUAUAAUAACAAAAUAAUAAUUGUGAAAUGAGUAGCCUCCCUGGACUCCACACUGUUUGGUUUAAAAACAGGGUAAAACAAAAUUAUUUUGGGAUGAAGGGGAAGCAGAGAUAAAAAAAAAGGAGUGGAUGCACAGGAACUGUCGACGUUGUCCAUGUAUGACGUUUGAGGUCAAGGGUCCUCUCCCAAUAACCGGAAGGCCUUGGCUUGCUCUGCAUUGAUAUGUACAUACACCUCGUGAGAGGUAGAGAUAUGCAUUCAAAAAGCGAUGCAAGUCAGUCCACAGAACUGUCAAAACAAAUGCAGACGAACAAACCGGAUACAUUCAAAUGAAAUGAGCAAAAUGCAACUUUAAAAAGCAAAUGGCAAGGGUCGCUGAACAUGAAAUGCUUGUAAUACUUCAGACCUACAGAGCAGAUUAAAUGCUUGUAAAUACAUUAAAGACA